GAGCAGAGAGGGGUUGCUCCUCUAACUGGGAGGGCUUAGUGGGGGCCCCAGUGUCAGAGACUCUGCAGAGACCACUGCAACUUAUGUAUGGCUCUGCUUUUUCCCCCUAUUCCUGGGGACCAACUGCCUUUUGGAAAUGAGGAAUUUGGGCCCCCAGCAUUGGACUCAGAAGCAGAGGGUACGGCUCUAAGUGCAGUUUGGGGCAGCUGCAAAUUCUGAGGGCAGCUUUGGGGCCUGCUGGGGUCCUUGUGACUCUGACCUAUCUCCAGCUGCUGUGUUUAGAGACGCUCCAGGAAGUCACAGCCUUUCAUAGGUGGGAGAACAGAGAAGCAGCUCUAAAGAUAUGGAAGGGCGCUGCAGUCGCUCCUUGCUCUGCUGUCUCACUUCCCUGCUUCUCCUUGUCCAGCUGUCCAUGGAGCAGUUCCAGGUUAUUGGCCCUGAACACCCCAUUGUGGCAGUGCUGAGUGAGGAUGCCAUACUGCCCUGCGCCCUAUUCCCAGCCAUGAAUGCAGAGAACAUGGAACUGGGGUGGUUCCGCACCACACUCUCAAAGGCAGUGUUCAUCUACUGGAACCAACAAGAACAGACUGAGGAGCAGAUGGCUGAGUACAGAGGGCGGACCUCACUGGUGAAGGACUUCCUUUCAGAAGGGCAGGCUUCUGUGCACAUCCACAAGGUCCAGGUUUCUGACAAUGGAAUGUACACCUGCUACUUCAGACAUGGAGGCUUCUAUGAAGAGGCUGAUUUGGAAGUGAAGGUGGCAGGGAUGGGCUCUGACCCCCAAGUGCACAUAGAAGGGCCAGAAGAGGAUGGAGUGCGUGUGGUGUGCAAAGCCUCAGGAUGGUUCCCAAAGCCUCAGGUGCAGUGGAGAGACCUCAGUGGAAACAAGUUCCCAGCACUUUCUGAGGCCCACAGCCAAGACACUGAGGAGCUGUUCAGUGUGGAGGCCACUCUGGUGGUGAGAGACAGUUCUGUGGGGAAUGUGACCUGCUCUGUCCUCAACCCUGUCCUGGGCCAGGAGAAGGCCAUGGCUAUUUACAUCCCAGAGCCCUUCUUCCCUCAGGCUUCUCCCUGGAAGCCAGCAUUUGCUGUGGUCCUGACCAUGCUGGGGCUCCUACUCUUAGGGGCUUGCUAUUUUAUCAGAAAAGAACAUUCCAGAAGCAGGCAGGAAAAGGAGCAUCUGCGGCGCCUUAAGGAGGAGGAACAGCAGGCAAAGGAAGAGGCACUGAAGGCCAUUGGUAAGACCCCACAGGGCAAGUGCAGACCUGGUGGUGAGUGGGACAAUGAACUCAUGGCAGACCUCCAUCAGAGAAAAGAAGCUUAUCUGUCUGCCUGGAGGAAGGCCCUCCUGUAUGCAGAUUGGCGGAAGGAACGGUUCCAAGCCUGGCCUGUCACACUGGAUCCAGACUCUGCUCACCACAGGCUUUCUGUUUGUCAUGAAAAGAUGCAUCUGACCUUGAAGGACCCCUGUGUGUACCAUGAUGAAAAAUGCAGUGUGUUGGGUCUUGAGGGCAUCACAUCAGGAAGAUGGUACUGGGAAGUGGAGAUAGAGAAUAAAUUACACAGCAAGUGGACUCUGGGAGUCUGUAGGAAAGAUGUGACGAGAAAAUACAACUACCUCGAAUCAUCACAAAGGGGAUUUUGGGUCAUGGGGAAAGUUAACAAGAGUUAUUUUGCCCUAACUCAUCCUGAGACUUGGUUAUCUUCUAUGCAGAAUCUUUUCAGGGUAGGGGUUUUCCUGGACUACAGUGAAGAGGAGGUCUCCUUCUAUAACAUGAUUGAUGGGUCCCACAUUUUCUCUUUCCCUCCAGCCUCCUUCUCUGGAGCUCUGUUUCCAUACUUCAUGUUUAUGUAUGGAGCUGUGUCCAUGACCAUCUGCUCCAUGGAAAGUGGGUCUGAGGGGCUCCCUGUACCCCUUAACAAUUUUUCUCCUCCGGAGGGAACCCUGAGCACCCCAAUGGAGGGGUUCAGCUCAGGUUGUGGUGUUGAUGGAGCUCCCCCAGAGGCUGAAUCUCUGUUACUUCCCUGACACUCCCAGGUUUUGUCCACGUAGGGUCCCUUGCUGUCUGUGAUCCCUCACUGUGGCUCUUCUGGGGCUAUAGACUCCCUGUGUCAAAAGCCUGUGAUAUGAGACUUGGACUGUACAGUGAGCUUGUCUUCUGCUCUGUGUUAAGACUUCAGAUGUGUGGUUAUGAGAGUUCAGUUCAUAUCUUAUAUUCAGAUAGCAGAAGAUAAAAUUUGGCUCUAUUUUAACUGGUUCAGAGAAUGUUCAAUUUAACUGAGGAGCCCUAUUUUUUGGUAUUAGUAAGUAUUUCAAGCAGCCAUAGCAGCACAUACCUAUAGUCCCAUCUACUGGGAAGGCUAAGGCACGUGGAUCAAUUUAUCCCACAUGUUUGAGACCAGCCUGGCCAACAUAAUGAUACUCUGUUUCCAGAAACAAAACAAAGCAAAAUAAAAAUACAAACAAAGGAGAGAUUACAUUACUGCAC